AAAAUUUUGACAUAGAUAUCAUCGACAUCAAGAAAAACCGAAUAAUCGGAAAAUGCGGUUCGCUUACUUUUUUUCUUAAAGCCCUCUAUAAUGAACCAUGGAUUCUGCUUUAUCCAAAACAAGUAAAGGAAUUUAUGAAAGAAAUAAACGAAGCACCCAAAGGGUUAAUCGGAUAUUUGGUAUCAAAUAGCCUGGUUUCUAAAGAAUGCAUCGAAAAAUCAGAAAUAUAUCCUAAAAUUUGGUUAUCAUGA